AAAUUCUACACCACACCCACUCUAGUCACGUGCGAAGGCAUGGCCACAAAAAGAGAUGUGGUUCAGAUUUCUUCUUAUUCAAGGAGACUUAAAGACAAUGUCAAAUCAAUGCUGGACAACUAUGGAGAAAUACUGAAAGCCGCAAAAGUGUCGUCAAGUGAAGGACAGAGCAGCGAGUAUGAGGCCAACGUUUAUCGAGUUGAGAACGAGAUUGAAAUAAGAGCAGCUAACAUUGUAAGAGCAGCUGAAUCUUUAUCUCGGUUGGUCUCGGAGCUCAAAGAGUACCUAAUCCUUCAUGAUUUCUCUGCCAUCAAUGACUCACUCACCAAAAGAGCUACUGAACUUGAACAGCAUCAGAAAACUCUUUUACAAGACUCCGAGCGACUUUUCUUAUCUGCAAAGGAGAGAGAGCUAAAGGCUAUCGAAGGAGGACAUAACGUUUGAAUUAUUUUUUAACACUAACAAUAGUUCUAUAAUAAUGUUUAUGCUUAAUAGAAGAUUCAGUAUAGAAUUGGUCAAAAUUUUACUGGCUCAUCUUGGUAAAAUUUUAUCCUUUA